AUGGCCGCGGCGACCCUUGAAGGCAGCGACUAUGACGGCGACCAUCUCACGACCGCCAAGCGGGAUCAUUCCCCUUUCUCCCAGGACAAGAGAAAUGUUGUUCUUUCGACCGGUGGGACCCCCGUCACGCCGGAUGCUGACGUGGCUGCCGCGACCGCCAUCGCCGCUGCAGCCAUAGUUGGGCCUGCUGUUCCUGUCGCGUCGCGUCCCGUGAAGCCGCUUAGUCAUCAUACCAAUGGCGGAACGGGUAGAUCUGGUGGGAGAGAAGGGGAGAAGGGACACGUCGCGCGAUUCAAGGAAGAGAUUGAGGAUGAGGAGGACACGUCAUGCAGCAGCGAGUCCGCGAGAGCCGCCGGAUCUUCCGUGGGCUCCUGCGAGAGCACGUGCGUGCGAGUGCCACGUGGCGGGAUGGGGUUUGGCGCGGGAAUCGCGGAGAGCAGCGAGGAGCUGGACGAGUUAAGACUGGAAGUCGCGGAGUUGAGGCGACGAGUGGCGAGGCACGAGGAGGAGGCGAAGAAGCUGCGAGAUGAGGUGCUCUAUCUUCGAGCUUGCGGCUACGAGAUGCACUUAGCUAAGAGCCAGCAGCAGCAGGGGCGCGUUCUCACACCAGCGACCAGCGCCUCACGCUUACCGUUCCAGGACGUGGGGAACCUCCCGGCAGCCGUGCCCGGGACCAUCUUAAACACGUUCGGUAAUCCCGAAAACGCGAUGUCGAGCUUAGAGAUGAUGAUGGGGAUGCGUGUAGCGGGGAUGGCGGAGAGCGCCGAGCUCAGGGGAGUUGGAAUCGCAGGGGCAGGAGGAGCAGGAGUGGUGGGUGAGGGGCCGGCGGUAGAUCUAGCAGGAGCAGGAGUGGAAGCAGGGAAGGCAGGUCGAGGUGGGGAGCAGCACGCGCAGGGACAGAAGGAGAAUUGGGAGAACAGAGAGAAUAGACAGUCUGGGAAUGGAAUGGCCAGCGCUCCACUUGCAUCCCCUCCUCCGAUGCCAAUGCCGCCGAGGGGAGGCAGUGGAAGGGAGAACGGUUCGAAUGGGUUGAGCGGUUUGAACGGUUUCCAGGAACGAGCCAGUCCGCGAGGAACGGGUGGGGUGCAGGAGAGAGGGCGCGUGCAAGAUAGGGGGAGUGCAGGCCUUCGGGAUGCGAGGGGUAAUGCGAGUGGUGGUGACGGGUUGUCCGUCCUGCCCCCCCUUUGGGCAUCUGAUUCCCCUUCCAAAGAGAACAGUCACAGGGAGGGCGGUGGGGGACGUGGUGCUGCUGGCGAAGCUGAUGUGGCAGUGGCGCCAGAAGUUCUUGCCUCUCCUCGUCCCGCUGUCACGUCAGCGUGCCCUGUCCUGCCAGCUCGGCCUGCCACGCCAGCAGCCGUCGCGAGGCCGCCGGUGUACAGCGGGCGAGCGAGUCUGGAGAAGAUGAGGCCGCCGCCUAUAAAGGGGAUGCCGCUGCCGUGGGAGUCGGUUGAUGACGUGGCGAAUCUGCAGGCUGGGAUUGGCUGUAAGGUUGAUGGAAGAGGAGGUGGUGGUGUUGUUGCUGCUGCUGCCGCUGCUGCUGGGAAGGAGGGAAGGGUGUAUACCGGAGGAGAGAGGAUUGGAGAGCAGGCAGAGGAGGGUAAGCAGGUGGGACAAGAGGAGGAGGGAGAGCAGGGUUCGGGAGGCAGUGCGGUGAAGAGCGGUGGGAGGAGGAGCGGGCCUGCUUUGCUGCAUCCCACAAACCCCUUCCUCUCCGCGCCUGCUGCUGAUGGCUUGCUCUUGGAAGAACAUGGCGCUCCCAUUGCAGCAUCCGCGUUACAGAUGGGCCCGUUAGAGGUGGCAGUGGCGAAUGGAGCAGUGUCGGCAACAGCAGCAUGGUAUAUGGUAGCGGACCGACAGAAGCACGAGCAGCAGCAGCAACAGCAGCAGCAACAGCAGCAGCAACAGCAACAGCAGCAGCAGCAGCCGCAGCAGCGAGGAGCAGCGGCAGUGCUGCAGGCUCAUGAGGGGGAGGAAGUUGAAGUAAUGGCGAAGAGCAUAGGGGGACUGCCGCUGCCCCAGGCGACAGGAAAGAGCAUAGGCAAGGGCGCUGCUCCUCGCGCUGCUGCUAACGCCACACUCCCCGCCACAACCCCCCCUGCCACACCUCCCCCUAUUAUGCCCCAUUUCUCACCCCCCGCUGCUGCGCCAACCGCUGCUGCCGCCACCAGUCCACUUGCUGACACUAUUACCGCAUCCUCCAGUACUCCCGGACUAGCCAAUCCCGCUUCGCCAGCUGGACUGCCUGCUGGGCUGCCAGCAGGGCCAGAGGCGAAGCCAGCGCUGUGGGCGGCAGCAGUGGCAGCAGCGACAAUGAUGACCCCCACUGCCGCCCGAAUCUCGGAUCUCCUCUUUGGCUCCUCCCCCUCUCCCUCUGGCCCCACACCUCUCUCUGGCCCCACCCCUCACUCUGCCCCCUCUGCUCCCUCGCCGCCGUCUGAUAGUUUCUCUCUAGGUGUGAGCCAGGGCGUGAGGGGAGGGGCAGGGGGAGCAGGAGCAGAAGGGGAGAGCGUGGGGGCGAGGAGGAGGGGAGUGGGGGAGUCGGAUAGCUCGCUCACGCUGGUGCGAGGGGCGUCGUGCCGAAGCUCUGUUGACACGCCCGGGUUUGCAGGGAAUGGCCGCGCUGCUAGUCGUUCCUCCCUGCCUGCUGUGGGGGUUGAAGGGCGAGGGGAGUGGGAGGGGGAGAGUGAGGGGGAAGAGAGUGAGGAAGAGAGUGAGGAGGGGGAGAGUGAGGAGGAAAGCGAGGGUGAAGAGAGUGAGGAGAGUGCGAGCGAUUACAGUGAGAGUGGUAGUGGUAGUGACGAGGAGGAAGAGGAAGAGGAAGAGGGGGAAGAGGCGGAGAGGGGUGAGGGUGGGAAGGUGGGUGGGGGGGAGAAGAGUGCCACAGAAGACGACAGAAGCUGUACCAGCUUCCUCUCCUCAGGUGGAGCCACUGCUGCAGCGUCAGCCCUCUCAGGUGAAAUAUCAGGUUUCUCAGGUGAACUCAACGUGUAUGCAGCAGACGCAGCAGUGAUGAGGCAGGGGUUGCGUGCGACAACGAGUGAGACAUUUCAAGGGUAUGCCGCAGCAGGCUGGCAGGGGGCGCAUGAGCACAAUGCUGGAGGCAGGGCAGGGACCCAUGGCUUGAAUCGCGCUGCUGCUGCUGCUGCUGCUGCUGCCGCCGCUGCAUACGCGAACGCCACGGGGUUUACUGCUACAACAGGUACAGCUGCUACAGCUGCUGCAGUUGCUACAGCUGCUACAGCCGCUACAGCUGGAGCAGCUGUGACUGGGUCAUCAGACGGCAGUAAGAUCUCCCUCUCUCUGGGCUCCCUCACCUCCCUCUCCUCCCCCUUCACCUCCCAGUCCCUCACCGCCUCCCCUGCCGCUACUGGUGCUGGUGCCGCCACUGCUGCCACAGCCCCGGCUACUGCUGCUGCUUUCCCUGCGGCUACUGGCACGUUUGCUGGUAAGAACGCCGCUGUUGCUGGUGCUGGUGCCACAGCGGUUGCUGCUGCUGCUGCUGCUGCUGCUCCUGCGCGUGGUUGUGUAAGGGAGGAGAGAGGUGGAGGUCGGUUUGAGGAAGAGAAGAUACUGGAAGGGCAUGGGGAGGACAGAUUCACGUCUGACUGGAGUGAGCAGGAGGAGGGCGAUGAGGAAGAGGACGAUGAGGAAGAGGACGAUGAGGAAGAGGACGAUGAGGAAGAGGAGGAGGAAGAGGAGGGAGAGAGGGAGGUGGUGGUGGAUACAGAGAAGGAACUGGUGAGCGAAGGGGAGGCUGGGGUGGGUGUUUAUGCGUCAUCAGUGGUGUCGAGCUCCUGUGCAGACUCGGAGGAAGGAACAGAAGUGGUUAUGGAGGAUGAGGGUGCGGAGGGGAGGGAGAAAGAGCAGAGGGCGAGGAAGGAGGAGCAGUUGUACCCGCCCACAGCCACACUCCGCUCGCCCAAAUCCGCGCUGCGCUCGCCUGCGGGCAAGUCCGCUCAGGUCAACGCUGCAUUGACCAAGUCAACGCUGCCAAAGAGCAGGUCCACCUCCCCUAAACGCACCUCCCCCACUCGCACCUCCCCAACACGCACAUCAACUAGAAACACCUCCCCUACACGCACCUCCCCCACACACCCCUCAACUGGGAGCACCUCCCCCGUCUCCCCUGCUCGCACCUCCAACCGCUCGCUGAGGCGCACCGUCUCCCCUAUAAGCAUGCUCGCUUCUCCGUUGAAGCGGCUCCUUGUGCCUGAUGGCAAGCGGAGCAGGUCCCCCUCCCCCACUGGCCGCUUGCCUUCUCCUGCCGCCCCUCUCUCUCCUUCUGCUGCUCCGCGCUCUCCUUUCACUCCCCACUAUCCUGCUGCUCCGCGCUCCGGUGGAGCUCAUCUCUCUUCUGCAAUUGCGUCUGCUCGCUCACCCUCGCCUGUCACUCGGUCGACCACUCCUGGUGCAAGGCAGCGGGGACAGGCGCAGGAGGGGAGAUUGAAAAGGGGGAGCGAGGGUGCUGGUCAGGGCGAUGGGGGGAAGGAUAAUGAGGAGGAGCAGCAGCAAAGGGGAGCGGAGCGGCAGCAAAGGGGAGUGGAGCAGCAGCAGGGGGGGAGGAGGGAGGAGGGGCAGCAAGAGCAGGGAGAGGGGGAGGAAGGGGACGUGGACGAGCGGGGAGUGGGAGGUGUUUCAAGGGCCAGGGAGCGACGAGGACGAGGAGGAAGGGGAGGUAGAAAAGGAGGGAGAUUCGGGACGUCAGAUUAG